AGUGCUAGUUUACAUUACUGCCUGAAGCUGCUUCGGGCAUCCAUCCCUUCCUUCCUUCCUUCCCCCCAUCUCGUCCUUGUCCUUGCCUUGCCUUCACUUGGCUUGCCCGCACCGCAUGCGCCAGCCGCCACCGAUCGUGCGUCGGUUGCUCUCUCCACAUCCAGCGGAAAACUACGCCUCCCCCACCGCGCGCGCGCAGCCCCCGUCCCUCCUCAGCUCCUCCCUCCGUAUCCCGAGGGGUGGGUGGUGCGGCGAGCCGAGGCGGGCUCAGCCUUCCCUUUUCGGCGGGGGGCAAGCAGCGGCUUGAUCGGAGGGAGGGCGGCGGAUUCGCCCGCGCGCGACGGCCGGCCAUGGCGGGGAUGGGCGCCGCGAGGUGCAUGAACGCGGCGUGCGGCGCGCCCGCCCCGACGGCGGCCGGGGUGGGCGAGUGGCGGAAGGGCUGGCCGCUGCGAUCCGGCGGCUUCGCCCUGCUCUGCGACAAGUGCGGGUUGGCGUUCGAGCAGCUUGUCUUCUGCGACAUAUUCCACCAAAAGGAGUCUGGUUGGAGGGACUGUUCGUUUUGUGGCAAGCAUCUCCAUUGCGGUUGUGUUGCUUCGAAGAAUUCCUUUGAUCUACUCGAUAGCGGAGGAGUUCAAUGCAUGAAUUGCAUGAAAAAUCCAGGAGUUCAAUCUGUGACUGUUUCAUGUCAAGUGGCUCCAAAGCUUUUUUUAUCUCCUCAAAAUAACCAGAGACUCUUUGGUAAAAGCGAUGAAUUGUUGCCAGGUAGACCGUUGGAGUCACCGUCCCUUAUGCUCGAUUCCAGAAAUGAUGAUAUUGCUAUUCUAACCAAGAGCAGUCAUCCAUUCUUGGUAAAAAACCUAGAACUCGGGCAAAGCAGUAACAUUUUGAGGCAAAAGGAAACUGAAAAUGGCGCGAGGCAGAUUAAGUGGGAGCAACCAACACUCAGUAUUUGUGACAUGGGAAGGAUGCCUUUCUUAAUUAGGCCUCAGAGUGCAUUAGAGUCUCCUCAAUCCCAGUGUACACGAAGAGAUGAUAAUAGAGAUCCAGCAGCAGAUAGCACAACAAGUGAAUCAGUUUCAGAGGCAUGCCUCAGUAUGAGCUUGGGGAUUGCUAAUAAUGGAAACAAGAUGGAGGCCACUUCCACUAUGGAAAGGCCUAUGGUAUCGCCAACAACACCAUUUUCUGAUGGAAGAGAACCUGCCACUGCAUUAUCCCCAUUUCAGCAUGCACAGAGGGCUCGGCAUUUUCUCACCAGACCACCAAGGGUUGCCGAUGGCGCUGCUUUUGACCCAAUGAAAGAUGGCUUUCCAAAUCUUCGUGUUGCCAGACCACCUGCUGAAGGAAGGGGUCGCAAUCAGUUACUUCCUCGUUAUUGGCCAAGAAUAACAGACCAAGAGCUGCAGCAAAUUUCUGGAGAUUCAAAUUCAACCAUCGUUCCACUGUUUGAGAAGGUUCUAAGCGCUAGUGAUGCAGGCCGCAUAGGACGACUUGUUCUUCCAAAAGCCUGUGCUGAGGCCUAUUUCCCCCCAAUCUCUCAGCCAGAAGGUCGUCCCUUGACAAUUCAAGAUGCAAAAGGCAAAGAAUGGCAUUUUCAAUUUAGAUUCUGGCCAAAUAACAACAGCAGAAUGUAUGUCUUGGAGGGUGUUACGCCAUGCAUACAGUCCUUACAAUUACAAGCUGGUGAUACAGUGACUUUCAGUCGGAUAGAACCUGGAGGUAAACUUGUUAUGGGCUUCCGGAAGGCCACAAACACUGUCAAUUUGCCAGACUCACAAAUUUCAGCCAUUGCAACUGGUUCCCUUCUCGGCGAUUCAUUCUUUUCUAAUACAAAUGAGAAUCUAUCAAUAGUAAGUGGUUACUCAGGAUUUCUUCAGUCAGUGAAGGGAGCUGCAGAUCUCCAGCCAAGUUCUCUAUUUGACCAUCAUGCUAACUCAGCUGAUGGGGAGGUUAGUUGGCUUAAGACAGAUAGAUUUGGUGGCAGGCCAGAUGAGGGGUCUUUGCAGUUCUUACACAAAAGAAGCCGCAAUAUUAGUUCCAAAAGCCGAAGGCUUUUAAUGGAUAACGAGGAGGCCCUAGAACUGAAGCUUUCCUGGGAAGAGGCUCAGGAGUUGUUGCGUCCUGCUCCAUCUGCAAAACCAACAGUUGUGAUGAUCGAGGACUAUGAAUUUGAAGAAUAUGAUGAACCUCCUGUCUUUGCAAAGAGAUCAAUUUUCACCAGUCGUUCUACGGGGGAACAAGACCAAUGGAUUCAGUGUGACGAUUGCUCAAAAUGGCGUCGUCUGCCUCUUAAUGUCAUUAUUGCCUCCAAGUGGAGAUGUGCUGACAACACAUGGGAUCCAAAAAGCUGUUCCUGCUCUGCACCUGAAGAAUUAGCCCACAAGGAGUUACAAAGUAUUCUCCAGCAGUACGAAGAGAUCAGGAGGCGUAAGAGCAACUAUUUCUUGAAGCAGAGCAUCCCCGAAAUGGACGCGUCGAGCCUUGACGCUUUGGCCACUGCCGCAGUCUUUGGGGAUGUUGGGACCCAAGGUGCUGCUUCGGUUGCGACGACAACCAAGCACCCCCGGCACCGGCCCGGCUGCACUUGCAUAGUGUGUAUCCAGCCACCUAGCGGCAAGGGGCCGAAGCACAACCCGGCGUGCACUUGCAACGUCUGCAUGACCGUCAGGCGACGUUUCAAGACGCUCAUGAUGAGGAAGAAGCAGCGACAGUCCGAGCGAGAGGAGGCCGAGGCGAGCAAGAGGAUCGCUUGGGUGGGCAGGGACGAGCCCGAGGGGAGCAACCUGUCGCGGUCCCCCCAGACGGACUGCGACGUGAUCAUGUUCGACAAGGCCGAGGCGAACAAGGGCCACAUAGACCUCAACUUCCAUCCCGCCACCCGCGAGGAGGAGCAGCAGCAGCACGGCGGCCAGCCUCGGGUGAGCAUGGUCAGCCUCCUCGAGGUCGCGAACCGCCCCCUGGAGAGCUACAUGAAGCAGAACGGCCUCGUGAGCUUGGCGACAGAGCAGGGGAGCAGCUCCGGCACGGCCACGGCCGCCCCAUCUCAACCCGCUCUGGUAGAGAGCGAAGAGCGGCCCUCCGACGAGGGGCGUGCCGUGCCGGUGGAGCAGGAGCGGGAGCCCAUGGAUAACAUGGUUGUCGACGAGGCAGCCAGUGAGAACCAGUGCAACGCUGCCAGUGCCAGUGACAUCGCUGCUACCUGACCUGAGCUUGUUGACCGUGGGCCUGUGUUAGUGGUGUGUAACUUGUUUACGUGUGUGUGUGUGUAUGAUCGGCUUACCCCCUUUUUCCCCAAGGAACAGCUGGUGCGUUUUGAUGUGAAGAUCAAAAUGAUAGGAUUUCGUCGUGUUGGUGUAACAUACGUGUACAGGGCUGUGCAACCUCGUUUGUACUACGUUGUGACCUCCGUGCUUGGUAUGAAAGGCAGCUUGGUGGCUGGCUGGCUGGUGUUGUA